GCAGAAGGGGACGAGAGUGCCGGGCCUCACAUAAAUCCAGGGCUUCGGGCGAACCAUUUUCACCUUUCUUCUUUUCAAGUCAGUUGCCUCUUGCACCUUGCACCUUGCACUUUCUCAAGCGCAGCCCCAUACCUCACCAGUCCUCACCCACAAACCUUGGGAGAGAUGCCUUAUCUCGAUCAGUACAGCCACUUGUACUCAUACGCGGGUGGCAGCACGCGCACUGGCGUCGGGGGCUUAAGAGCAGCUGAACACCUCGGAAGAGCACUCGCAGAAGUAGACGGUCUUUUCGCCGGCUUCACCCACCUGGAUGAAACAGAACCUGAAUCGAGAACCAGUCGCUCGAGUAGCCGUCAGGACGACCUUGCGCUUGAGUUGGACUCGUUAUGCAGCACAGCUCCCAACAGUACCAGUACCCCAGACUCACAGCCUGAUUCCACCAACCCCAGAAAUCAGGCUCGGGAAAAUGCUUGGGCGUCCAUACGAACUGUUCGCGAGGGAAUGCAAAUUCUCUGGGAACAUUUCGUCGACGUUUCUUACGAUGUCAACCUCCCAACCAUCAACAACAUCCGCGCCGAGUACUACGACUCCAAAGGACUUCGUCAAGCAGGAGUCUUUGCUUUUCGCAACACAUUAACUGGGCCAGCACCAAAUGAUCUCAUCAAGAUCUUCGCCUUCUGCAGUUUAUCGUACGUCGUGUCGCGUCUUCUUUACUCAAGAGGGCGGUUAGCAGAAGGCGACAUCCUCGCUGGCAUCCGCCUGUGGCUCAACGCUCUCGAGGAUGAAGAUGAGCGAAAGGCCUUCGAGAUUCUCGCACAGCGGCUUUGGCCCGAAGCUCGAAACCAUCUCCAUUUCAUUGAUUUGAACAUGGGAGAGCAAUCGCGCAAGCUGUCGACCUCUCUGCAACGAGGUGGGACGCCAAUCUCGACACCGUCCACCCAGACAUACCCAGUCUUGCCACUUGCCAGCCUUGGGCCUCAAACACAGUCGAUGUAUGAGCAACCAGCACCGGCGUAUUCAUACGAGUUGGAAAACUCACAUGACCUGGCCACUGCACCAGGUCUUGAGGCCAUAGAUCCUGUGUUCUUGAACAUACUCGCGACAGACAUUUCGCCAGCCUACGUUCAGAAUCUGACCGAUCGGACAUACGACGAGUUCAAUUUCUCGCUCACACUACCUGGAGCAAACGCUUCAGUUCCUGAACCUGGCCCAAUUCUCUGGCAUGGGUUCGACCCGGGCCCAGUGCAACCCCCUCACCUCGAUGCCGGCGCAAUUGAAGGCACCGCGCCUUGGAGCGCGACACUGCAAUCCAAUGCAGGCAGUCCAGUGACUAGCCCCUCGAGCUACGACUCGCAAAGCCGAUCGUUAUCAAGCACGCCGAUUGGCGAUAUCCUAGCAGUACUGCAGCAAACAUCUGUGUUCACAGCUGUCCUGGAGUACAUACGAGAACACGGAGAAUUCUGGUUCAAGCUUGCUGGCCGCGGACUGGUGUCAAAAGACCUCCGGUCAUGUCUCGCCUGGAGUCAAGAGCGCUCAAGAAAGAGAAAACAGAUAGAGGCGUGUUAUAUACAGCCCCUAUCGUCAGAAAAGCACACGAGGGACCUACCAGCUCGUGGAAUAGUCUCCGUUGUGGAGGCAUUCUUCGAUCAAGGCUUGUUGCAAAGCAUCGAGGACAUCAAAAGCUACAUGGAACGUGUCGCUAGUCUAAUGUUCAGCGACCGAGUCGCUUGCCAGGAGUUCCGCGACUGGGUCCACCGCGUUCAAGGAAGUCCAAAGCCUUCGACGUCGACUCCCAUGCCAACUGCUAAGCUAAAACAUUUGUCUUGCCCCAAAUGCAAGUACACAAGCGAUCGAUCGUAUAACAUAGAACGGCAUUACUACAACAAACAUGAAAAUAAUGAAGAGCAUGAGAAGAAGAAGAGCAGGAAAUUUUGAAGAUAUCUGUGGUAUUACUCAAUGGCUGGUAAUGCGAAACGAGAAAGAAGCGUUAGAACUAUUGUCACUGGAAGGGGACCGACACUGCAACGGCUGGGAGGUGUCGAAGGGCGAAAGCCUCUGGUUUCCGAACGAUGAGUUCAAUGAGCCUUGGAAAAUAUUAUUUUUAUAGAAAGAUAUUUAUUAUAUUACAUCGAAGAGCUUUGCUAUACUACAAGUCAAUUCAUUCAUCCAA